AUGAAGAAAAUGAUUGCAUGCUUCUUUCUGCUAUUCGGACACACUCUGCUUUCUACGGUCUCUGUCAUGGCAAAAGAUCUCCCUGGAGGACACUUUCUCCGAAGAAGGGAUGUUAACUCACAAUAUCUACUAGAAAAUACCUGCAACAAUAAACGUCUGGACCUUGUCUUCAUCAUUGACAGCUCUCGCAGCGUACGUCCUUACGACUUUGAAAAAGUGAAGGAGUUCAUUUUAACCAUCUUGCAGUUUCUGGACAUCAGUCCUGAUGCCACCCGCGUAGGUCUGAUUCAGUAUGGCAGCACAGUCAAACAUGAGUUUUCGCUGAAGACAUUCAGGAGGAAGCAGGAUAUCGAAAGAGCAGUGAAGAGGAUGAUGCACCUCGCAACUGGCACCAUGACUGGACUGGCUAUUCAGUAUGCAGUGAACAUCGCAUUUUCAGAAUCAGAAGGAGCUCGACCUCUGAAGCAAAAUGUGCCCCGAAUUAUCAUGAUAGUGACAGAUGGGAGACCUCAGGAUCCAGUGACAGAGAUUGCCACUAAAGCACGUAACUCGGGAAUCUUGAUUUUUGCCAUUGGAGUGGGAAGAGUAGAUAUGAACACGCUGAAGUCCAUUGGGAGUGAACCGCAUGAAGAGCAUGUGUUUCUGGUUGCUAAUUUCAGUCAGAUUGAAACACUGACCUCUGCCUUCCAGACUAAACUUUGUGUGCCCCAUAUGUGCAGUACAGUUGAGCAUGACUGUGAUCACUUCUGCAUAAACACCCCUGGCUCCUACGUAUGCAGAUGUAAACAAGGAUACAUUCUGAAUGCUGACCAGAAGACUUGCAGCACUCAGGACCUUUGUGCUGUGGAGAAACAUGCCUGUGAGCAGAUUUGUGUGAACACACCUGGGUCUUAUGUCUGUCAGUGUUACGAAGGGUAUGAGCUUGAUGCAAAUGGAAAGAAUUGUGUCGUUGUAGACUACUGUGCUUUGGAUAACCAAGGUUGCCAACAUGAAUGUGUUAACACUGAGGACUCCUACUACUGUAGAUGCCACCCAGGGUUCAUUUUAAAUCCAGACAAAAGAACUUGCAGAAGGCCAAACUAUUGUGCUCUUCAGGACCAUGGCUGUGAACAGGAAUGUGUUAAUACAGAUGAUUCCUAUUUUUGUCAAUGCCAAGAAGGGUUUAGACUUAAUCCAGAUAAGAAAACAUGCAAAAUAAACUUCUGUGCUUUAGGUCAGCAUGACUGUGAACAUGAAUGUGUUAACAUGGAAGAGUCAUUUGUGUGCAAAUGUCAUCAUGGAUACGCCCAAUGACAUGAUGGCAAUACGUGCAGAAAUGAGCGAGUGGACCACUGUGCUGAAAGCAAUCAUGGCUGUGAGCAACUGUGCCUAAAUACUGAUGGCUCCUAUGUCUGUCAGUGCUCUGAAGGAUUUGUCAUCAAUGAAGAUCUAAAAACCUGCACACGAGUUGACUAUUGUGCUCUGAGUGAUCAUGGCUGUGAACAUUUGUGUGUAAAUGGCGACAGAUCUUAUACUUGUCAGUGUUUUGAAGGAUACAGGCUUCGUAAUGAUGGGAAAACAUGUAAACGACGGGACAUCUGCAAAUCAGUCAGCCAUGGCUGUGAGCAUAUUUGUGUUAGCGAAGAUGACUCGUAUGUUUGCAAGUGUCAUGAGGGUUUUCUUCUGAGAGAAGAUGGGAAAACAUGCAGAAAUAAAGACAUUUGCAGUUCAGUUGACCAUGGCUGUGAACAUGUUUGUGUUAAUGCUGAUGAGUCAUACAUCUGCCAGUGUUACGAGGGAUUUGCGCUAAGGGAAGAUGGAAAAACCUGUAGAAGCAAGGAUAUUUGCAAAUCAGUCAACCAUGGCUGUGAACAUGCUUGUGUUAAUGCUGGUGAAUCAUUUGUUUGUAAGUGUCAGGAGGGAUUCCUUCUAAGAGAAGAUGGAAAAACAUGUAAAAGAUGCACUGAAGGCCCAGUUGACCUGGUGUUUGUGAUUGAUGGAUCAAAAAGUCUCGGAGAGGAUAAUUUUGAAAUUGUAAAACAAUUUGUCUCAGGAAUCUUGGAUUCACUUGAAAUUUCACCCAAAGCUGCUCGAGUUGGUUUGCUUCAGUAUUCCACUGAAGUUCGCACAGAGUUUACAUUAAGGCAGUUCAGCUCAGCCAAAGACAUGAAGAAAGCUGUAUCGCAAAUGAAGUACAUGGGGCGAGGUUCCAUGACAGGACUGGCUCUGAAGCAAAUGUUUGAGAGAAGCUUCACAGAAACAGAAGGAGCAAGACCAUUUUCAGCAAAUGUCCCUCGAAUCUCCAUUGUGUUUACAGAUGGACGAGCCCAGGAUGAAGUCUCCGAGUGGGCUGCUAGAGCAAAGCGCAAUGGUAUAAUUAUCUAUGCCAUUGGAAUAGGAAAAGCAAUUGAGGAAGAACUGCUGGAAAUUGCUUCUGAGCCAUCAUAUAAACAUCUCUUCUACGCUGAGGAUUUCACAGCUAUGGAGGACAUCAGUGAAGAGCUAAGAGCCCAAAUCUGUGAAGCCUUGAAAGAGUCAGCUCGCCAGCAGGAUCCAUCAUCUGGGAGGCUUCGCAAGACUGGUCCACAGCCUUCAGGACCUGAAUCAACCACAAUAGCCAUCACAGAUGUCAUUGCCUGUCCCAAUCUUGCAAUACACCACAAGUAUCUUUUUGAAGACAGUCACACUCACUCAACAAGAACAACAGCAAAAGCUUCAAAAGAUAAAGACCAAUGCAAAUGUGAAAACCUUGUGACAUUCCAGAACUACGCAACCAAUGAAGUAAAAAAACUCACCCAGCGAUUGGAAGAAAUGACAAAGAGAAUGGAAGACUUGGAAAACAGGCUAAAAUACUGAUCAAAAUUUGAAGUGAUAUACUACACUGUGUAUUUAUACAUACAAACUUGUCAGAGCUAUUUUCUUAAACUGGUUCAAAGUAAAAUAACAAAUCCUUGUUUCUGAAGUUGAAAAGAGUGUUUUGGAUCCCUGCAUCUAUAUACUGUGUUCUGUCUUGCAUUGAUUGCAGAUAAGAAAUGUUGAAAAUUUUAUAUAUAUAAACGAUUUAGUAACUAGCAAAAAAAUCUGAUUAAGCAGAACUAAACAACUGAAAUAAGCUAUGCAAAAUAAUAAAGUGCUGUUAUUUUUUGAAGUGAAACCUCCAUGUUUUGAAGUACUUUUAGAGUAUGAAUUUAUGUGGCUUGCUUUUCUGUAUUUCCCUCCUCCACUCACUCUGCUAGCAUUUUAAGCACCCUAUCUGUAUGGAUAUAGAGAGUUCUAUAUAUACAUACAUAUAUAAAAACAGAACAAGUGGGACAGCAUUCACAGCAAUUAGGUUUCACCUGUAUUCUUCAAAAAGUAGACUACUGAAAUCAGUUGGACGUAAAAAUACAAAUUUAUACAUUUGUGUUGAAACUGAUGAAAGUAAAUGCACAAGUGGGAAGUCUGCUGGAUUAUCAGGGUAUCACAAUCUAAAGUUUCAAGUACUUUUUCUCUUACCACAUCCAGACCAUCUAACUUCUCCGUACUGUUCCUUGGUCAGCAUUCAGUGAUUCUCUAACUUUCCUGAAUGCAACUAGUAUUUUAACCAUAAAAACAUUCUUUGAGCAAUACAACUAGCUGCACACCUGUUUGUCAAACACUAAGACACAAAACCAGCAAACGGCUUCCAGCCAUUCUGACCAACUGAACUGCCUUAUAGUUUUACUCCUUCCCUUUGGCAGCAACGGCAUGCUUCUGCUAGCUUUACUUUCACACCUACAGCCAUAUCUAAAACGAUCUCUUGAACCACCAAAAUCUGUGGUUUAAUAAGUAGAGACACCAGCACUUCCUCCUUUGCUUUGACACACAUUGGUUUGCCUCUUUUCUAUCUCCAAAUGGAAAUACACAACUUCUGCUUCUGGUAUAGAAUGGAUGAAGUAGUUGCAGCAAAACUAGAUUAAGUGAUCUCAGAUAAGCUAAUAAGUGUGCACAGAUACAUAACAGCAAGCUUUAAAAGGUAUCUUGUGCUUUGGCAUACUUUGGCAAACAGAAUGCAAGUUCUGCAAGCAAACCGGUAGAUACCAAUAUUAAUUAGGUGUUUCUUUUAUUGCAUGUCAGCAAAGCACUGGCACCUCAAGUAAUUAUCACUAGUAAUAAGGAACAUCCUGCAGCCAUGGUCUUGCACAAAACUGGCACAAAUCUGUAAGAUACCAAUGUCCUCAGCAACAGUGACUUGAGAACACCAAUUCAUGUCUCUAACAUAAUGUCUUCAAAACACUAAAAAAAUUGGAGUAAUUUAAAAUCAGCUUUGAGAAGUUAAUUGGUUAUCUUAUUUGAAGUAUGAUAUUAUACAUCAUGCCUAGCAGCUAUCCUAUUUGCCAUUUGACAGAUAUAUAUUCUCUUGGAAGGAAAAGACAAAGGGGAUAAUUUGCAUUAGUACUUUGUGUCAUGGUUUGACACUUUGUGAUUGACUUGGUAAAAAUAGUGUGCUUUUUUUAGUGUAAGUAAACCCUUUGGGAUCCCUCGCCAACAUCCCAAAUUUGCUACUGUGCCUCACAUUACACCUUGUUUUUGCAUUAGCAUUCCAAAACAAAAAACUAAGGAAGCCCUAGCCUGAUUUGGCACCAUACUCGCCAUCAUCAAGUC